UCCGCCAGCCGAAACCCGUCACCAUGAAGACAGGAAUACCCUCGCCGGCGCGGUCUCACGGCGCCCCGGUGACCCCGCGGCGCUACAUCACGCGGCGCACCCGCAGCGUGGGCUCCCCCGGCCGCGCCGGCCCCCGCCCGUCCACGCUCGUGCAGCAGUUCAAAGAGAACAACAUAGAUGAGUCGGUCCAGUCGCCCCUGAACAAGCGAUCCAUUCUCAAUGAUGACACUGAUAUUGAGCUGCCUAAUCGUCAGAGCUGGUGGAAGAAACUGGAUGACAAUUCCCGCGAUGUGAUGGAGGUGCUGCAGACGGACAAUGUGGCCACCGCCGCCAAUGUCCUGGAGGAGUACAUUGAUGGGGAUGUCCUCAGUCAAGAAAAGAAGACAUAUCUACUUGAUCUUCCGGACAGCAGUGGGAGUGAAUCAAUUGGCAGCAUUGUGUUGCCGCAACGCAAGCUCUUCACCCACAAAGAAAACAUACCAGAAAAAAAGUUCGGCAAACUUGUAGGAAACCGUGAAUCAUUAGCUAAACUACAAAAAACCGUAACUGAAGACAAGACUGUGUAUGUUGGCCCCAAAAAACUCUUUGAAGAAGCCCCAAGAGUGAAACCUACUUUUCCAGCAGGUUUGUUAAAUAUUUCAGCAAAUAAAACAGGUCCUAAUGACCUUCCAGCCAACUUUGGUCCUAAAAAGCUAUUUGGACAAGCGGCUCAAAAGAAAAAAUCUCCUGUUCAAACUGAUUUGUUGAGCGAAAGUGGAGCUAAAAAACAGAUGGUUGAGGCAGAUGAACCAACAACAUCUAGAGCUAAAGAUCUAUUUGGCCAAGGUCGGGAGAGAACUAAGCCAGCAUUCCCCUCCGGCUUGCUUGAUAUCUCGGCAAAUAAAACAGGACCAAACAAGACUAAAGAGUUGACGCAAGCUGAAGUGCAGCGUGAAGUUCGCAGCUUGUUCGGGAACAGGCCAGGGGCAAAGCGCAAGAACAUGUUUGCCGAUUUUGUUGUUUCCGAAAGUGAAGAAGAAAUACCUGACAUUCAGCCAAAAGUGUUUGGUUUGAAAGGUAAUCCUCUACGGCGUGAAAGCGUUGCAUCUCGAGGUGCAAGGGAGGCGUCGCCAACCUCCAGCAUUGCUACUGACAUAGAAAUGGACGACUGGAAAAUGCUGCCUUCGUCCACUAUGAUGGUUGAUCAAUUAGAAGUCAUGUUAGCAGCAACACCUAAAAAGAAAAUACGAUUGAGUCAAUUAGCUACCCAUAAGGAAGUAGAGGAAGAGGUGAUGCCGAAUGAAGCAGCACCAACUAAGAAAUCAAGGACAGCUAAUAUAUCACAAACUGCACAAAAUACCUCCAAUAUUCCAGAAAAAGUACAUGAAAUGACUCCAGAUAUCGUAAAAGAAAAGGAUGUGAACGAACAGCAAAAUGACGACCAUAACAUUGAAAAUAUAGAAGAUAUCCAAGAGCUGCAGAAAUCUACUUCUAAAAAUGUAGAGGCCUCAGCAGUUAAAGCUGCAUUAACAAACAAAUCGAAAACUGCACAAAAUGCAUCUAAUCUUGAAGACAAACUGCAUGAAAACAAUCCAGAAACCGAAAUAGACCGAGAUGAAAUUAUAAAGCAAAAUAACGAGGAAAAUAAUGACAAUUGUGAAGAACUAAGAUAUGAUUCUGAUAAUGAAGAUGAUAUGGAAGCUGAACAUCUAGAAGAUAAAGAUAAAUCAGUGCUUAAAAGUGACCAAGAAUAUGAAAUAGCUGCAGAUGCUAUUAAAGACGUAGCUAAAACUGAUAAAGAAAAAAUGGGUGAAGUAUGUGUUGAUGCCCAAGGAGAAAAUGAGUUCUCACUUAACAAUGAAUCAAUACCGAAAAAUAAUUCAACUGUAAAUAACCAAUUUACAACUGGAAAAAAUGUUUCCAUACAAGAAAAAUUGGCUCAAGUUAUACCAGAAACGGAACAAAACCCAGAAGAAAUUGAAAAGCCAAAUGUUGUAUCUAAUAAAGACAAAACAAAAAUUGAUGAAAUUGAUCAAGAGUUGGACAAAUUUGCUUCGGCAGUUGAAGAUGAUAACGAACCGGAAAAGUCAUUAUUGCAAAGUGACCAAGAAGAUGAGGACAAUGAGAUUGCAGAAAAAUCUAUUGAUGACGAUGCUGAGAAUGAUGAAGAACAAUUGGACGAAAUUAAUGAAUCUGCAGAGGUCGAAGAAGAGGAAACCAAUAAAUCCCACGUAGAAAGUGAAGAAGAAAAUGUUGAGGAAGACCAAGAAUCUGAUCAAUCUGCAGACAUACAGCAAGAAACAAAUGAAUCUCCAGUUCAAACUGAUGAAGAACAAGAGUCUGAAAAGGAGGAGGAAGAGGAAGACUCUAUGGAACAAGAAGUGGAAGAAAACGAAGAAUCUCACAACGCCUCUGUUGAAGAAAACGAAGAAUCACACAACGCUUCUGUUGAACAAAUGGAAGACGAACCUGAUGACAAUGACGACCAAGAUGAAGAUAACCAAGAAGAAGUAGACCAAGAAGCAGACGAACCUGAUAACGAGACACCAAUAGAAAGCAACGACGACGCUCCAAACGAAAUUGAUGGAUCACCAAAUGUCACCCAUGAUACCACAGGCAGAUUCAGAAAGAAAAUGAAUGAGACAAAAAUGAAAACACCAGAAGCAGUCCGCCAAAACAUGACAAACAAAAAUGAAUCUUUCGAAGCCCGCGGCAGAAAUACUAGUGUGCGCAAAACUAAAAGCAUGAUCAAACCUGUAGAAAUCCGUUCUAGUUUAGCCCGAGACAGCGUCGGCAGUGGCAGCGACUUCAGUGCACAAGGAUCAGGCUGGGACUCCCACAGAACCACCAGGAAAACAAUACGACAAACGUUCGGAAAAGAUUUCACGCCUAGAAAGUCUUUGCGGGCACUGGUCAUGGAAAAGUCGGCUAAAAGACAAACGUACAACGUCGAUCCUUUGCCCAGCGAAAGUAUCAACAUCCCUCAAGCUAAUUCUACUGAAAUUAGCGCUGAAGUGAGUGCGGCGGUUCACAUGGAAGAUGUGGAUGUAACUGAGGAAUCAGACCAUGAAAUCUCCCGGACCACCAGACGAAACGCUUUAGAAACUUAUUUGCAAAAGGUUAAACAGGAUACUCUGGAAAGGAAACAGAAAAUGGAAAGCGCAAUAAGAGAUUCACUAAAGGCACCACACACAACCGAUGUGCUGAACAAUUUCAAAAUACCAGCUAAACCAACCAGCAGCCGGAGACUCCCAUCACAGACAAAAGCCAAACCCAAGCCGAAACCAUCAGCUCUUCUGAUUGGCUCACUGCCUGAGGAGUUGAUAGAAGAACUCAAGUAUAAGCCACCCAAGAGGUUCAUGAAGAGCAAUGCGUCCUGGAUUACGAAGCGACUGUACAAAUUUUUGGAAACUAAAUUAGAACCCAAAUACGACUACAAGGCGCGGGUGCGUGCGGAGAAGAUCGUGGAGGCGCUGUACAACUUCAGCAAGUACAUCAAGCGGCACGAGGUGGCGCCGCGCGAGGCCGUCAUCGAACUCAAGCACGAGAUGGCCAGGUACCACAUCGUGAAGACGCAUUUCGACUUCUACGAUUUCUUCCGCGAGUUCAUGCCAAAAGAGGUCAAGAUAAAGGUGGUGCCAGACGUCUGUAACAAACUUCCUCUCCCUAAGUACGGAGUGUUCGCCGACAUAUUACGGGAAACUGUGCAUGGAUAGUCAGUAUCUUUAUCAGUGUUUAGUGAUUUCUAUGAACUAAUUACUGCCAGGCUGUGGGUUAGUUUCUAGAAAAAAUAUACUGUUUCAAUGUCCCGCCGAAAAAUCAUGUAAUAUUUAUACCUAAGUACCUUACCUAUUAUGUUUUAAAGAACUCAUUAUUUCAAUAUUUUAUGCACUUGAUUAUGAGAGGUAAUUCCAUGUUAUUUUGUGAUGUAAGUUGUAUAAUAAAUAUUUUGUGUAAAAAAUUCUACUA